AUGCGCCAAUCUGCCUAUCUGUUGCCCGCCGUCCCGCUCCUGCUGGGUGGCGCUGUUGGUCAGGAGUGUCCGGACUACCUUGACUACGCAACUCAGAGGCACGAGCCAUUCACCAACGGCACCUACCAACUACCCUUCCAGCGUCCGUCCCCGGCAUGCCGCACCUUCAACAGCUCGGGCGUCGAGCAGGUGGUUGACCGCAUGGAAGGCGUCAUCGCCGACCCCGACCUCUACCGGCUUUUCGAGAACGCCUACCCCAACACGCUCGACACGGCUAUCAAGUGGAAGGGAGUUGCAGCAAACAACUCGGAAGAGGAGCUCACCUUCAUCAUCACCGGCGACAUCAACGCCAUGUGGCUGCGCGAUUCGGCCAACCAGAUGCAGUCAUACCUCCCCGUCCUCAAUGCCUCCGACUCGCCCGACAGCAUCGCCUCGCUCUACCGCGGCGUCAUCAACCUCCAGGCCCGCUAUCUGCUGACCUCGCCCUACUGCAACUCGUUCCAGCCGCCUGUCGAGUCCGGUAUCGCUCCUGAUACGAACCCCUCGGCCAGCGAAGACACUGUCAAGCCUUCCUACAGCAACACUAGCGUUUUCGAGUGCAAAUAUGAACUGGACUCUUUGGCCGCAUUCCUCGAGGUGUCGGACAACUACUACAACGCAACCCAGGACCUGGACUUCUUCGGGAAGUUCCAGUGGAUUUCGGCCAUUCAAGCCGUCAUGAAAGUGGCAAAGGACAUGCAGACACCCACCUAUGGCGCUGACGGCCAGGUCCUGGACUCGCCAUAUACUUUCACCAGACUGACGACCCGGGCGACCGAGACGCUCGCCAACGACGGACUGGGCAACCCAGUCAACAAUGGCACGGGGCUAAUUCGGUCCGCCUUCCGGCCUAGUGACGAUUCGACCAUCUUCCAGCUCUUCAUCCCGGCCAACAUGAUGUUUGCGCGCUACUUGGAGACCGCGUCCGCAAUCAUGGGGCAGCUGGAUAAUGCGCCAGCCGGGCUGGCUCAGGAAAUGGCCGCACUUGCGACAUCCGUCCGCGCCGCCAUCGAGCAGCACGGCGUUGUGGCCGGACCCAAUGGAAAGCGCGUCUACGCCUUCGAGGUUGACGGCUACGGCUCGGCCAACCUUAUGGAUGACGCUAACAUCCCUUCGCUGCUCGCGGCGCCAUUCCUGGGCUACACGGAUGCCAGCAACGAGGUGUACCAAAACACGCGGGAGCUGGUUCUGAGCGCGGGGAACCCAUAUUUCAUGCGGGGCCCCGUCAUUAAUGCCGUUGGCGGGCCGCACGCGGGGCCGGGCAUGGCGUGGCCGAUGGCCAACAUCGUGCGCAUUCUGACGACCGACGACGAAGCGGAGAUCGUGGCGGCGCUGAAGGAGAUUGUGAGCAGCACCGACGGGCUGGGGUUGAUCCACGAGAGCAUUAACUGCUGGAACGAGAGCGACUGGACGAGGCAAUGGUUUUCGUGGGCGAACGGGCUGUUCGGACAAAUGAUCCUGGAUUUGGAGGAACGGAAGCCGGAGAUCCUGGCGCUCAGCUUUCAAAAGUAG